AUGAAGUUCAAGAAGCUGACCAACGCUCAGCGAUCCGGUUUGAACCAGAUUCCUAACCGUCGUUUCACUCUUUGGUGGUCUCCAACCAUCAACCGUGCCAACGUCUACGUUGGUUUCCAGGUCCAAUUGGAUCUGACUGGUAUCUUCUUGCACGGCAAGAUUCCCACCCUCAAGAUCUCCUUGAUUCAGAUCUUCCGUGCCCAUUUGUGGCAGAAGAUUCACGAGUCUGUUGUCAUGGACUUGUGUCAGGUGUUUGAUCAAGAGUUGGAGCAACUGGGUGUUGAAGCCGUUCAAAAGGAAACCAUUCACCCCCGUAAGUCCUACAAGAUGAACAGUUCUUGCGCAGAUAUCCUUCUCUUCGCCACCAACAAGUGGAACGUCACUCGUCCUUCCUUGUUGUCCGACACCAAGGAUGUCUACGAACCUACGGCAACGAACAAGUUCUGGCUUGAUGUGCAAUUGAGAUAUGGUGAUUACGACUCUCAUGAUAUUGAACGCUAUGUUCGUGCUAAGUACCUUGACUAUACAACGGACAGCAUGAGUAUUUACCCUUCGGCAACCGGUCUCAUGGUCGGUAUUGAUCUUGCUUACAACCUGUACUCCGCCUACGGUCAGUACUUCCCGGGUCUGAAGACUUUGAUCCAACAGGCCAUGGCCAAGGUUAUGAAGGCGAACCCUGCUCUGUACGUCCUUCGGGAACGUAUUCGCAAGGGUCUGCAGCUGUAUGCAUCGGAGAGCAACCAAGAGUUCCUGAACUCUCAGAACUACUCCGAGCUGUUUAGCCCGCAGAUCCAGCUGUUCAUUGAUGACACCAAUGUGUACCGUGUCACCAUUCACAAGACCUUCGAGGGUAACUUGACCACCAAGCCUAUCAACGGUGCUAUCUUCAUCUUCAACCCCCGAACAGGUCAGCUGUUCUUGAAGAUCAUCCACACGAGCGUUUGGGCUGGCCAAAAGCGUCUGGGACAACUGGCUAAAUGGAAGACUGCCGAAGAAGUGGCAGCUCUCAUUCGGUCUCUGCCCGUGGAAGAGCAACCGAAACAGCUCAUCGUCACUCGCAAGGGUCUGCUCGAUCCUCUUGAGGUCCACUUGCUUGAUUUCCCCAAUAUCUCUAUCCGUGCCUCUGAACUUCAACUUCCUUUCCAGGCUGCCAUGAAGGUUGAGAAACUCGCAGAUAUGAUCUUGCGGGCUACUGAACCUCAAAUGGUUCUCUUCAACCUGUAUGAUGAAUGGCUGAAGUCCAUCUCUCCGUACACUGCAUUCUCUCGAUUGAUUCUGAUUCUCCGUGCCCUCCACGUCAAUAUCGACAAGGCCAAGAUUAUCCUUCGGCCGGACAAGAGCGUGAUCACCCAGGAGCAUCACAUCUGGCCGUCUCUAUCGGACGAGGACUGGAUCAAGGUCGAAGUGCAACUGCGUGAUCUGAUUCUCAACGAUUACGGCAAGAAGAACAAUGUCAACGUGCAGAGCUUGACUAGUAGCGAAGUGCGAGACAUUAUUCUGGGUAUGGAGAUUAGUGCACCAUCCUUGCAGCGUCAGCAAGCCGCCGAGAUUGAAAAGCAGCAAGAAGAAGCGAAGCAACUCACCGCUGUGACCACCAAGACCCAGAACGCUCGGGGUGAAGACAUUAUUGUGACGACUACUUCUCAGUAUGAGCAGCAGUCUUUCGCAUCCAAGACCGAGUGGCGCACUCGCGCUAUUGCGACAUCAAACUUGCGCACCCGAUCGAACAACAUCUAUGUCUCCUCUGACGACAUCCGUGAUGAGGGAUUCACCUAUGUCAUGCCUAAGAAUAUUCUCAAGCGCUUCAUCACAAUCGCAGAUCUUCGGGUCCAGGUUACUGGUUACAUCUACGGUAGUUCGCCGCCAGAUAAUGACCAAGUUAAGGAGGUCCGGACUAUUGUCAUGGUUCCGCAGGUCGGAAACACUCGCGAUGUCCAAUUGCCUCACGAGCUGCCCCAGCACGACUACCUGAAUGGUCUCGAGCCUUUGGGCAUCAUUCACACGGUCUCUGGAAAUGAGCCACCCUACAUGUCUGCGGCAGAUGUUACCCAACAUGCCCGUCUCAUGAACUCUCAUUCGUCUUGGGACAAGAAGACCGUCACUAUGACCGUUUCCUUUACUCCCGGAUCAGUCUCACUUGCCUCCUGGGGACUCACACCCCAAGGAUACAAGUGGGGCGCAGAGAACAAGGAUAUGACCUCUGAUCAACCGCAAGGCUUUUCAACCGACAUGGGUCAGAAAUGUCAACUGUUGCUCAGUGAUCGGGUACGCGGCUACUUCCUUGUGCCCGAGGACAACCUCUGGAACUACAGUUUCAUGGGUAGCUCGUUUGGCAGUAUUGAAAAGAGGCCGAUCUAUGUGAAGAUUGACACACCGCUGAGAUUCUACGAUGAUCAGCACCGUCCUCUUCACUUCCAGAACUUUGCUGAGUUGGAGGAUAUUUGGGUUGACCGGACAGAUAACUUCGAGUAA